AUGGCGCCAUAUAAUCAUGUAUUAAAGUGUGAAACAUAUGACAAUGGUGCAACUGCAGAUGACACUGGUACAACUACAGAUGACACUGGUGCUACUGCAGAUGACACUGAUGCAACUGCAGAUGACACUGAUACAACUGCAUAUGACACUGGUGCACCUGUAGAUGACACCGUUGUUUGUGAUGACAAUGGUACAACUGCAGAUGAUACUGAUGCAACUGCAGAUGACACUGGUGCAACUGCAGAUGACACUGGUACAACUACAGAUGACACUGAUACAACUGCAGAUGAUACUUUUGCAACUGUAGAUGACACUGAUGUACCUGCAGAUAACACUGAUGUAGCUGCAGAUGACACUGAUGACACUGAAACAACUGCAGAUGACACUGGUGCAACUGCAGAUGACACUGGUGCAACUGCAGAUGACACUGUUGCAACUACAGAUGACACUGAUGCAACUGCAGAUGACACUGUUGCAACUGCAGAUGACACUGAUGCAACCGCAGAUGACACUGAUGCAACUGCAGAGGACACUUAUACAACUGCAGAUGACACUGGUACAACUGCAGAUGGCACUGAUACAACUGCAGAUGGCCCUGAUGCAACUGUAUAUGACACUAGUGCAACUGCAGAUGACACUGGUGCUACUGCAGAUGACACUGGUACAACUGCAGAUUACACUGAUACUACUGCAGAUGACACUGAUGCAACUGCAGAUGACACUGAUACAAAUGUAGAUGACACUGGUGCAACUGCAGACGACACUGAUACAACUGCAGAUGACACUGUCGAAACUGCAGGCGACACUGAUACAACUGCACAUGACUUUGGUGCAACUGCAGAUGACACUGGUGCAGCUGCAGAUGGCACUGAUUCAACUGCAGAUGGCACUGAUACAACUGCAGAUGACACUGAUACUACUGCAGAUGACGCUGAGACAUGCUGCAAAUUUAUCAACUAG